CCCUCUUCGACGAGACCAACACAAGGGGCACGAGGGACAGGAGACGUUCGGCAGCAGUGACAACACACAAAGUAGCUGACUCUACGUCUACUGCCGCUCGAGCUCACUCGAGCCGAAUGCUCCUUUUGACUAAAUUGCUCGUCCAACAGACGGAUUUCACGCCGGCUGGCGACCGACGGGAACCGAGCGGGCUUGCGCGGGCGGUCCGCGACCCGUUUCCUUUCUCUCUAAUUGCGACGACAAGCGCCAUCGAUUUGCUUGCAUAAGCGCGCGGUCAGCACAGCGCCGUGAUGGCGACACCUACCGCCAGCCCUCGCCCGUCCUCACAGCCGAGGUCAUCCAUCGACGACCACAGGCAGGCCAAGGCGUCUGGCGGACGCCGCCAAAGCGAGCUCCCAGACCUGAGUCCCUUCUCGACGCUGUCGUGCCAAGUGCAGGCUACGAAUGCUUGGCGUAGGGAUCUCAAGAGCCUCUUCAGCCGAGCCAGUGAGCGGUUUGCAGAUGUAAGCUGGGCUGUCGGCGGCGGCAGUGGCGAUGAGACAGACGGGGAGGGCGAUGAGACAAUCACGGCGGCGAGCCCUCGACCGACUGAGGGCAUCAUCUGGGCUCACAAGGCCAUCCUGUACGCUCGUGCCCCAAACACGUUCCAGGCCAGAUACCUGCAGCUUCGAAGCCCUGCUGUCAAUCUCGGUGCCCUGGCGAGCAGCAGUCAAGUGUCGCUUCCCAUUAUCCGUGCACCUUCUCCCGAUGCCUCCAUCGUGUCUCGAGCUUCGAGCAUCUCACGCUCUCGGAUGAGGAUCCGGGGCAGCGCACCACCGAGCAGUUUUGCCAAGGAACGAACAAGGAAAGGCCGAAGAUCCUCGUCAGACGGUCCAGUGGCGAGCGACAGCGAAAACGAAGGGCCAGGGGAGCCCUUGCGCCGGAGAGGUAGCGACUACUUCUCCUCUUCGAUCGGCUCUCUCGACAUCUCCAGGCCCUCGUCCCGCAGCACCUUCCACUCGGAUGCCCUCUCAGUCAUCAGCUCCACGAGUACCAUCAAGGGACCGAUGAAGCUGGCGGGAGAGAGCCAGGCCUUCUUCGAAGCGAUGCUCGAGUACCUCUAUACGGCGGAAGAGAGUAUGGUCGAGGCUUUCGAGUUCCUGUACGAGGACCGCAUUUCGGCUGGCGGCAACGUCGAGGAGCGUCUCGAAAAGCUGCGACAGGAUCUUGUCUUCAUGUGGCGCAGCAGGCUGUAUUCGGACGUGCAGAUCGUCCUGGGCGACGGCGAUGAGCGCAACGCCGUGGGCACCAUUCCUGACGCCAAUGCUUCGGUCCUUUCUUUUCCCAUGGGCGAGCCAGACUACGCAGACGCAGAUGAAGAGGAAGCGGCCUGUUUCUCUGCUCAUCGCAUGAUCCUCGCCUCAAGGUCGCCCUACUUUGCCGCCCUACUCCUCUCGCCGUAUGCAGACCAGACCAACGCCACCCUUCGCCUGCCUUCGCCGCCCUUUACGCCGGCUGCGCUUCACUUUGCGCUGGGCUUCCUCUACACGGGCACCUUGUUUUUCUCCAAUCGGACCUUCGAUCUAGCUACUGCAUUUCAGCUCUGGCGAGCAGGGGCCUAUCUUCAGGUGGAGACGCUUCAGACACUCGUCGCCAGCCUCAUCGCCAAUGACUUUUGCCAUGGCUUCAGCUGCUGGCCGCCAUGCAAGACGUGCAUCAAGCGAGUGCCCCGGACGCUGGCCUUUGCCUGUGCGCCCGACGUCGCCGAUGCCUGCCUCAAGACGCUGGCCAUUGACGCGGUCAGUGGGCCUCAAUUCGGCGCCUACUGGUCGAAAGACGUCGGCAACCUUGACCAAUCGACUCGUAUGUCCAUUGUAUCCAACAUUAAGGGUCGCAUCGACGAGCGUCCCGGGCAUAUCGUCGGCGCGCUGCGUCAGCUGUCUCUUGUGGGAACGCGCGUGGACACGGAGCGAAGCAGUCGCUGGGUUGAUGCGCUUCGAUGGAUGUGCGAGUCCGUCGAGACGUACAUCCGAGCCAAAUUUGAAGCAAACUUUGAGACAAUCGUCAAGACGGCAGAGUGGAACGAACUCGUCGAGGGAGUGGGCUUCAACAACGAUGUCCUCGAGAGAGCGCUCAUCAUCCUCGUGGAUGGCCUGACCGAAAGAAGGGCGGCGACCAUCUACCAGAUCCUUGUGGGCCAGGUGCUUCUACGUGAUGAAGGCUUGCCCUCUGCGUCCAUUCGCGAGAUCUUGGAAGAGGCUCGCGGUGGCAUCGUGAGGUACCUUAGAAGGCGUUGGGUGGGAGCAAGAGCCUAUGCCGGCUUCAACAAGCUCGAAAUUUGGGCCCUCAAAGAGCUCGCCGGCGAACUCGACGUUUCCUCGACCGACCUGCUUCUUCCCGAGGACGGUGAAGACGCCUCCGCUACAGCGCCCCGAACUCGUACGGGUCUUCAGGCGACUGCAGCUCGUACUGGCCCCCGCCUCUCUGGCGGCCCUAGCAACAGACCGAUUCGAACGGCUGUUCCUGGCGAUCUGGUGGAUGGCGAGCGCGAGGCCGGGCCGAUACACAUGAGAGCGGCUGUCUUAAACCGCAACGCUGCUCGUCUGUCAGCCACCCAAGGCUUCAGAAGCGGUACAGCUAGCGCGCCAGCGGCUUCCAUGCCCACGUCAAGCCAGUACUCACCGCCGACUCGGAGCGGGUCGGUCAUGUCCCGUCCCAGGGGUUCGUUGCAGAGCAUCCCGUCGGAAAGUGAGCAGGCUUCGAGCCGAGCACUUUCCUCAGCUGCCUCGACAAGGUCCAAUGCGUCCUCCACUGGCUCUAUUCGGAGGACUACUUCGCCAGCCGCUGUCACAGAUGGCCGUUCUUCCACUCCACGAUCGUACACGCCCACUGCUGCCUCCGUAGCGUCGUCGGUCAUUGGCGCUUCUUCAUCUAGACGGCAACAGGAUAUCAGUCCAGCAACGCCAAAGACAAGCAGAGGGCCCGCUGCGCCCAGGAACGCACCCGAGAGGAGUACAGAUCCCGACGAUCGAUUACGGACGCCAGUUGGUUCGCGCACUCUCGCUAAGCCUGAGGGUGUGUCCUCCGGUGCCGUUGCUGCAAGCAAAACGAGCCUUCGUCCUUCUGCGAGCAACAGCAGUAUGCGUUCGGCAAAGAGCGAAGCGACUCAAGCUUCGAGUCGGGCCGCCUCCAUCGCAAAUUUCCGCUCUUCGCCUCGGACCGCUCAAAAUGCUCGCCAGGAGCCGCAAUCAGCUGUUCAUGCGACCUCAAAUGCGAGCCCGGCAACAAUACGAGCGAAGCGAGCGACGACGACGACUUCAACAGAUUCACCAUCAAUCAAGGCACCGAGGAGAACCCCUUCUUCGACGAGCCUCGCGUCGACCAAGUCCAUCAAGAAGGUGUCCUCGCGACAUGCACUGCCUGUGGGGACUGUCAGGGCAAAAGCAGCCGCACUGUCGUCUUCUGCUGCGCCCGCUCUGCCCUCAGGUCGCAAUUUGACGAAGAGCGACGCUCCUCUCUCUGACGUGACACAAGCAAAGACACAACAGGCCUCCCGGCCGGAUGCCAUGGAUGUCGACCCGCCAAACUUCACAAAAGAAGCCCUGGAUGGCUAUGAAGGCACGAUGCUCUCGCUCGGGAUUCCGUGCGUGGUUGCUCCGCGCGACGCUGCCAGUUGCCAGUUCAAGGCCGUUGUCAAGUACCUGGGUCCUCUCGCUCAGCGGCAAGGCCCAUGGGUGGGCGUCGAGGUGUCUCUCCCGCUGCCGCCUGGCAUCGAUGAGUCGUUGUUGAACCUCAAUGAUGGCACGCUCGAUGGCCGGCGAUACUUUGAUCUAGGUUCCUCUUCUUCCAAGGCUUAUCCGCAGGCCAAAGGCGCCGGACCCUCACCUGAGAGGGAGGCGAGGAGGAGGAGAAUCGCACGAAUGACAGCUCGACCUGCAAAGAAUCUCGCCUCGUGGGAAAAGACACCGCCCAAGACGCUCGCCUCGCUGUCGACAACGCCUUCGUCCUCCAUGCCCCCACCGCUGUCUCUGUCGAUGCCGAGGUCGAGAGACGCUGGCUCGGCGGCGGCGGCAGACGACGAUGACAGCCCCUUGCCGAUUCCCGGCGAGGAGGGCGCCCCGCCCAGCGCCAAGCGCAGAAAAGACGUCGACGGUCUCGGCCUUGGCGGGAUCCGUCAGGCGGAUGAGCCCGUGAUCAAGAGAGGCCUCUUUCUCCGUCCUUUUGAGGUGCUUUGGGUCAUCAUUUGAGCGGUCUCUUUCUCCCACCCGUGUUACCCUCAACAACUGCAACAACAUACCAGACGCUCCUUUCUCAUUUUUCAACGAUUCCCAUCCUGCCAGUGCACUACUCACACCCUCCUUUUUUGACGAAAUGAAUGCGAUCAACAAAG